AUGGGGAAACUCGGGGCGGCGCGGUGCUUUCUGGGAGUUGCGGUCUUCCCGGCGCCAGGGCCGGAAGGGGCGGGGCGAAGUGGAAGGCAGGCGCAUGCGCAGCGGUCGAGCUCGGCAGAAAGCCGGUUGGGAGGCGGCUGUGACGCACGUGAGUUGCAGGGUCUCCUUCGGGGUCAGGUGAGGGGCUGGGGCCUCGCUAGGGGGGUUUGUUUUCGGGGAGGGGGCCUGUUGAAGGAGGCCUUUCUUCUGGGGGAGGGGGAGCCUGCUUGAAUAAUAAUAAAAAGGUUUUAAUCUGACUGACUGGGUGAAACUUUAUUUUUGCAAAGUUUCCUUUGGCUGUUCUAUAAUAAUAAUAAAAUUGUAUUUAUACCCCUCUCUCCCCUCAAUAAUAGUAAUAAUAAUAAUAAGUUUUAUUUAUACCCCUCUCUCCCCUCUAUAAUAAUAAUAAUAAUAAUAAUAAUAAUAAUAAUAAGUUUUAUUUAUACUCCUCUCUCCCCUCAAUAAUAAUAAUAAUAAUAAUAAGUUUUAUUUAUACCCCUCUCUCCCCUCAAUAAUAAUAAUAAUAAUAAGUUUUAUUUAUACCCUCUCUCCCCUCAAUAAUAAUAAUAAUAAUAAUAAGUUUUAUUUAUACUCCUCUCUCCCCUCAAUAAUAAUAAUAAUAAAAUUUUAUUUAUACCCCUCUCUCCCUAGCCAAGACCAGGCUCAGGGCAGCUAACACCAGGUAUAAAAACAAUUGAUUGAAAUACAACUUAAAAACAAGAUGAUGAUGAUGAUGAUGAUAAUUUAUUUAUACCCCGCCCAUCUGGCUGGGCUUCCCCAGCCACUCUGGGCGGCUUCCAAAAAAAUAUUAAAACACUGUAAUACAUCAAACAUUAAAAGCUUCCCUAAACAAGGCUGCCUUCAGAUGUCUUCUAAAAGUUUGGUAGUUGUUGUUCUCUUUGACAUCUGGUGGGAGGGCGUUCCACAGGGCAGGUGCCACCACCGAGAAGGCCCUCUGCCUGGUUCCCGAUAGCAGAACAAUGGGGGUGGAGAUUAAAAUACACAAUUGAAAUACAUGCCUUGCCUUCUCUCCCCCACCACAGGUGGUUUAGCUUCCCCAUUUUGCUUCCUGCAAAACGACCCUGCCAGGUAGGCCAGGAGGCUCAAAGAGAGGCCAAGGUCACCCUUGGAGCUUCAGGGCCAGGCAGGAGUCGAACCCAUGGCUGCCCCCCCCCCCCAGUCCAGCCCUUUAACCGCAACCACAUGCUGGAGUUCUGGAGUCACUGCUGAGAAAGGGAAGGGGUGGGUGGGAGGCCCCAGAGUUUCUGAAAUUGUAGAUUCCCCCCCCCAAAAAAAAAAUUAUUCAUUUUAUAACACAAAUAAAACAACACAAACAGGAAAAACAAACAAUACAAACAAAUUCUUGUCUUGUCCUUAUUUUUUCUAAACAUUGUUAGGUGGGCUUCCCCAAGUCCCCCCUAUCUGAUUUUCAUUUUACCUCAUCUUUAGCAGUUUACAUAUAUCAUAAUUUCUAACCAUUUUUUUAAUCACGCUUACUUUAACCAUAAAAAUCUUCACAUUUUAUCACUUGCAAAUAAGACUGUUUUAAAAUACACUAUCUUCUACUUCUAACCCUACAGCCUAAAUCCACUUCCAAAGCUAUUCUAAGAUUUAAAUAUUAACUGAAAUUGUAGGUUUUGGGGGGGCUGGAGUUGAUAGCCACCCAUCGUGGAGCAACGCUUUGUAAAGUCCCGUUUAUCCUUUCCCCCCUCUGGACCCUUCCUAAAUGCCGGACAGCCAGUGAUACAAUUGUGACUUCAAGAUAAUUUAGGCAAAAAAAAUCCCAUUUUAACGAGGGCUUUUGCUUUUAACAAUCCAUGUCCUUUUAGAGCGGGUGGAAUGUUGUAAUGUGUGUUUCUUUGAGUUGCUGUGGCAAAAAGGGCAACUAAUGCUUUCAAUUAAUACUAAUAAUUUUAUAGUCUUCAAUAAGCAAUAGCUUUGGUGUCUGGAAAUUCUUUCUGGCAUCUUAUUUCCGAAACCACUCAUUGUUUCCUCUUACAGGAGGUUGAAUGAAGAAUUGCUUGAGACAUUAUAGUUUAGGGAGUAAUCUCCCUGCCAUAACCACCUACAAAUUCUCAAUCGAGGGAUACUUUAAAGGGUAGAUUCUUAAGGAUCUUGUCUGAGACAUAUACACCACAUUGAAAAAAAUAAAGGACUCCUCCUUUAAAAUGACUCUCAUUCCCCCAAGCUCUUCAUUAGGGGCAGUAGAAAGGAAGGAAUUGGGAAAAGAAGUGAAGUGCUGGAGGAGGAAAUGGGAGUGACUGAAGGUGCUAAAGUCACUGCUACUGUAAAAUGAGUCUAGGCACGUGGUUCUGGGAGUAGCUGGCAAGUUGCAGAGCAGAGACUUGCAGUUUGUAUAGCCAGGAAAGCCGGCAUUUCUGUGAUGAUGCAAUUGGAGACACGCACAUCCGGAAGGCAGCAUGCAGUGAAGUUCUGAUGCAACUGGAGCAAAGAUUAUGGGGGCAGGUGACGCAAACAGGAUGGACUGCUAAAACAACUGAAGGCAAUGGGAACUUUGUGUCCUCAGAAGAAGUAGUGGGGGAAACCCUGUAUGUAGCAACAAAAGCUUAUUUAAAGUUGGUGUAAGAUGGGGUCAGGACGCGGGUGGCGCUGUGGGUUAAACCACAGAGCCUAGGACUUACCAAUCAGAAGGUCGGUGGUUCGAAUCCCCGCAACGGGGUGAGCUACUGUUGCUCGGUCCCUGCUCCUGCCAACCUAGCAGUUCGAAAGGACGUCAAAGUGCAAGUAGAUAAAUAGGUACCGCUCCGGUGGGAAGGUAAACGGUGUUUCCGUGCGUUGCUCUGGUUCGCCAGAAGCGGCUUAGUCAUGCUGGCCACAUGACCCAGAAGCUGUACGCUGGCUCCCUCGGCAAAUAAAGCGAGAUGGGCACCGCAACCCCAGAGUCAGUCACGACUGGACCUAAUGGUCAGGGGUACCCCUUACCCUAAGAUGGGGUUGGCAAAGUUUUUGUGGCUUGGGCCGGUUCACGGUCCCGCAGACCGGGUGGGCCGGAAUGCGUGCGCAUGCACGCAUGCGCAAACGCUGUUUCCUUCGCGGAGGAGGCGUGUGCAGCUUCCUAUUGGCUGCAGGAGCUUCCUGCCACCAAUGGGAAGCUGGCCAGAGUCGCGGAAGGCGGUCCCUACUCUGCUCCACGCCGGUUCAGUGCGGCGCACGGGAGCUGACCAAGCGGGCGGCGGGGGUCCAUGGGCCGGUUAAAGACCCCCAUGGGCCCUAAGUUGCUGACCCCUGGUGUAAGACUUCUGGUAAGGGAGACUUUUUUCCUGGAUGAAACCUGGUGGUGUGACUGACUGAUAUCCCUCAAAUGCAGACUCCCUCUUAAGCAGUGAAUCUUUAACCUGCCUUUGUAACUCUGGUGUUCCUGCAUCAAUGAACCGAGUCCUUGGGGGUCAAAUAAUUCUGCUGUCUCUGUUGGGAGCGACUGAUUGCUCCAGGGGCAAAAAGGGCAGCGGAUAUUUCUUGCUUCCCUCCCCGCAACCUUGCAGAUUGUGGGGGUCAAGCUCAGAGCAAAAUGUUCUGCAGAGACACAGUAGGCAGAUACUUUUGAAUAUAUUCAAGGGCAAGCAGCUGGAGCUAUGCAGGCUUUCUCUGUAUGAGAGUACAGACUGAGAUAAGGUGGCCUGGUAUGCGAUAAGGUAGCCAUUUCUUCAAAAUAGUAAGAGAAUUGGCUCUUCCGUGAUAACUGGGGAAGGGUCUGGAAGAAUCAGGCAGCUAGAAGUAUGGAUCCAGUGUUGUGUGACUGGAUACAGAAGGAGGGUGGGCUCUGCAAGUACCUACCUUCCAAACUUUCCCCCAUAGUCCAGGGACAUAACUCACCCAUGUGUAUUGGGAAAGGAGUGGUUAAAUCAGGCAUAGGCAAACUGGGCCCUCCAGCUGUUUUGGGACUACAACUCCCAUCAUCCCUAGCUAACAGGACCAGUGGUCAGGGAUGAUGGGAGCUGUAGUCCCAAAACAGCUGGUGGGCUGAGUUUGCCUAUGCCUGGGUUAAAUUAAUCUUCCCUUUAAAAAUUAAAAAAUAAUAUUUUUUUAUUUAUACCCCACCAUUCCUGGUUCAGAAAACCGGGCUCAGGGCGGCUAACAACAAAUUUAAAACACCCAUUUGUAGAAGCAGCAUAAAAACGCAGUAUAAAGACAUGAACAACAAUAAAAUUCAGAAAUCAAUUUAGGGGAAAUCCAUCUAAUAAGCAUUAGAUAAUCACCAGGGCUAGCUGGCUGAAUUUGUCCUACUUGGGCCAGAGAGGAGGCCAGGGGAGAAUUAGCUGUGGGGUCUCAGAGCGGGUGAUCUUCAUAAAAGGGGAGGGGGAGGGAAGAGAAUGGAAAUAAAAGAUCAGGCUGAAUUCAGAUUAAAGGCCAGUGGGUCUGGGGAACUGAAGACCAGGAUGAGGCCCUCCAGCCACUCCCAUCUGGCCCUCAGCUCUCCUGGUGCCAUAGUGUGUAGCUUAGUUGGUAGGGCAUAAGACUAUUAAUCUUAGGAUCAUAGGUUUGAACCCCAUGUUGGGCAAGAGAUUCUUGCAUUGCAGGCGGCUGGACUAGAUGACCCUCGUGGUUCCUUCCAAGUCUACGAUUCUGUGGCCAACUUCAGUGCUUUUGCCUUGUCUUUAAACUAUAACCUUUGUUGGAUGGUUAGUAUUGAUAACUUAACCUGGGAGAUCACCUUACCGCAUACAUAUGUGCUGCCGUGACUGCUUCGAUCUGCGAGAUUGGCACUGUUAAUAGGUGUCACAUAAUCCUUGUUUAAUUCGUAAGAAAGGGAUCAUUUAGUAUGGCAUUACCCAUGCUUUGAAACUCCUUGCCUGUAGAUGUUGGCUGGGUGCUUUUACUGUAUUAUUUGUAGUGCCUUCUAUAAACCAUUUUUGUUUGGACAAACUUAGCCAAAUUUGUAGAAUACUGAUGAGUGUUUUUUGCUUCUGGCCAAUUGUACUGUUUUAAAAAUGUUUUGAAUUGUUGUCUUUAUAAAAAAUAUCUAUAUUGUUUUACUCCUCUUGUAAACCACUUGAGGGUUGUUGUUUUGUUACUAUCAAGCUGGACAUGUUGUUAAAUAAUAAAGUAAAUAAAAUGUUUCUGUUCUUGCAUACAGUCAAACCUCGGUUGUCAGAUGUAAUCCCUUCCCGAAGCCCAUUCGGCUUCUGAAAUGUUCGACAGCUGAGGCACGGCUUCUGACUGGUUGCAGUAGCUUCGGAGGUUUGGCUUCCAAAAAACAUUCGAAAACUGGAACACUUCCUUCUGGGUUUCUGGCGUUUGGGUACCAAAAUGUUCCAAAACGGAGGCAUUUGGGAGCUGAGGUUUGACUGUAUAUCUGAUAUUUGAGGUUUGACUGAUAUUUGAGGUUUGACUGUAUAUCUGAUAUUUGAACGACAGUGUUACGUGUUUAUAUGUAAUUUCAUAGAACCAUAGAGUUGGAAGAGACCACAAGGGCCAUCGAGUCCAACCCCCUGCCAAGCAGGAAACACCAUCAGAGCACUCCUGACAUAUGGUUGUCAAGCCUCUGCUUAAAAUUUAUUAUAGCAAAUUCAAAAGUCAAUAUCCUCUUAAAGGAAAAAUUGAGUUAGGGCAUGAAUCAGUUGUUGUUGUUGUUGUUGUUUUUAAAUGUGUGUUCACUUCUUUCCUUGAAGUUAUCAUGGCAUCCAAUUCAGAAAGUCCACUCCCUACCUAUGAGACAGACGACAGCCAAACCUCAAAACUAAUAAGAAAAUCCCGGGAGUCUCCAUUUGUCCCAAUUGGUAAGCCCCUCUGACACUUGCAAUUACCAUUUUUUUGAGAUACACAAUUGCCCUCUUCGUGUUUUGGUUGGGAAUAUAGGAGGUACAGUCCUAAAUGUCUAUAGGGCAAAAAGUCGGUGCAUACUGAUGUAUAUAACUCUCUCAUAUAGCUGUGGAUUUAACAUGAUUUAGUGGUCGCAUUUCUACAAUUGUCAGUGACUCACUUGUUUUAAAUUGGCCCUUUCCUUGAUUUUCAAAUGGCUUUGGUACAAGCCCACCCCACCCUGAUCCUCGAUGCCUUAAAAAUUGGGGACUGACACUGCACCUAGAAAUGGCUGGCAUCCGUCUGUCUCAGGAGCCAGUGGAAGAGUGUGCCGUCGGAGGUGAAGUCAAACCGUUGGAGAGUCACAGUGCCUGCUGUGGCUGUAGGGACUGAUAUGGGAGAGACAUGUUUUGCUGCAGCUGGGGCAGAUGAAGGCGUCCGGUUUUUCUGCUGCAGAUUCACCACAGCUCUCCUCCAAGUCAUUAUCCCUCCUGUGGUCACUGCUGUAGAUACACAGCCUAACUGAUUAUGGAGCAUUGGUAAAGUCUUUUCAAGCCAGAUCUGACUCUAUAUCCUGCUUAAUAUCAAGGCACACUGUUCAUGGAAGUAGUUACGGUAGUCUCUAAUGAGUCAAGUUUCACUGGUGUCCUUAAACUUUGGCCAGAAUCCAAAGAACCAUCUAAUUCCGUCACCAGUAGAGUAGAGUGGGAUGGGCUUUAGUCUUGAUUUUUUUCAGAUGGCAGACCUUGGUGUUACAUCCUUGUGGGGGAUACUUUAACGUUUUCUGACUGGUGGACCUGAUCCUUAUCUCCCCACCCCCUGGUUGGACAAAUUGGCAGGGCCACAUACUUGUCACUCACAAUACAGUCAUGCCUUGGGUUGAAUGUGCUUCAGGAUGAGCGCAUUGGAGUUGCGCUCCGCAGCAACCCGGAAGUGACGGAGCGCGUUACUUCCGGGUUUCGCCGCUUGCGCAUGCACAGACGCUCAAAAUGACGUCACACGCAUGCGCAGAAGCACCAAAACGUGAUGUGCGGACACAGGUUACAUUUGCUUCUAGAUGCGAACAGGGCUCCAGAACGGAUCCUGUUCACAUCUAGAGGUACCACUGUGCUAUGCUGUCUCGCGACGCUGCAUUUUGAAGCCCAUCUAUUGGGACUUCAGAGCGCAUCGUCGGGUUGUUUGAAAACCCUUUUGCAAAGUGUGCCACACAGCUUUUAAAGCUCCAGAAACAGGUUUCUCAAUGGUAAGAGGAAGUGGUUUCAGUUGAAAUGGCUCCUAAACUAACACACACCCUCCAUUUUAACAACAGUUUUAUGCUCCCAUGUGCCUCUUGGCCUAGCCAAGGAACAAUCGAGAGCUCACUGCAAGCUCCUGAUCAUUCCUUUAAAGCCACGUCAGUUCUUGCCCCACACCUAAUGUGAAGCCUGCUUGUUCCAGGAAGGCGGAGUCACAUGGGACAUCAAAUGUGGGGUUGCCAUGCUUUGGGUCAGUAAAUAAGCUUUAUUGUACUAGCCAAAGACCAUGGGGAAACCAUAAAAACACUAUCAGAGAAGUAUCUAUAUAACUAUAUAACUGUAUAUAAAAAACAGCCACUGCCUGAACCAUGAAAAUCAUAAAAUGCAGGCGCACCCAUAGAUUGGGGACUCCACACGGCAUACAAUAUUUUCCUAUUUAGACCUCUGAAUCUCCCUUGCAGCUUAGUGCAAUUUUGUCCAGGUUCUUCUUACUGAUCUUUCUUGCCACCAGCACAAAGUCGGCCACAUUGUAAGUGUCACUGGAGCAUUAGCGUCACUGAUCAGCCAGAAAACCCUCUCCACCGGGGAGAGACACCUUUCCUGGACAAGCAAGGGAUUUAAAAAUCACCUCUGUAUAUAGUGGGCAGUGUGAUAAAUAUGCUUUGGGGAAAUGGCCUAAUGAGUCAAGAUUGGCCUGUGGCCCUGAGACUCCACAUGCCUUGUGCUACGUAAUAAGCUGCUUUUGAAACUGAAAGGCAUUUCAAAAGCAGUUUGUGACACUGUAUAGAGGAGUGAGGGAAAGAGAUGUUCAGUGCAGACAUCUUCCAUGAACCUCAGCAACUUUUGGGAUCCCAAGCACUACUAUUUGUCGUCAGCCCCAGCCACUUUAAUCAAGAGUUCUGUUGAGGGUGCUGCAGUGGCUGGCUGCACUGCCAUACAAGAAAUAUAGAAUUCAUAGGACACUUCUGACUCUUCCUUCCCCUAUUCUCCAGGCAUUUCAGGUUUUGCAGCCGUGGUGGCCUAUGGGCUCUACAAGCUGAAGCACAGAGGGGACACCAAAAUGUCCGUUCAUCUGAUUCAUAUGCGUGUGGCAGCACAGGGCUUCGUUGUGGGGGCCAUGACCUGCGGUACGUACCAAAACCAGAAAGUCUUGUGUCUUGUUAAGGUACGCGGCAAGUCGUCUUUCCCUCCAAACCUUUCAGUUUGCCAAGGUCCCUGAGAGAGGGUGUCUUGAUUUGGGAUGGUCCUGGCUUGGGCACUCUGUUUUCUGUGAUCCUAAAGGAAGCCACAAGAGCCCUGAUAAUCAGAUGGUGCAUCACUCGGGUCACUGAUCAGGAUAUAUGUGCUUCCGUGAGUUCCUCUCCCUCCUAGUAUGGAAGUGGAUCUCUUACUGCUUUGUGUGCAGCCUGGGCAGGUGUUUUUCAUGGGCAUGAUGGAGGGCUCUGAAGGAUCUAAGAAUCCUUCAGUUCCUAAAUCUUAACUCUGCCUCCAUUGGCCAGCACGACAAACAUCCCCCUUGAUUGCAUAGUUAGGCAGAGUCUAUGUACAGUCAUACCUUCAGGUUGCGCGCUUUCGGGUUGCACUCCGCGGCAACCCGGAAGUAAUGGAGCACGUUACUUCCGGGUUUCGCCGCUCAUGCAUGCGCAGCCGCUCAAAAUGACAUCAUGCACAGAAGUGGCGAAUCGCGACCCGCACAUGCACAUGCACAGACGCAGGUUGCGUUCUGCUCAGGAUGUGAACGGGGCUCCGGAACGGAUCCCGUUUGCAUCCAGAGGUACCACUGUAUGUCUUAAUAGAUAGAAGUGAAGGAAUGACCGCCGGGUGUGGAGACCACUUCUACCCGCAGACAAGCCACAGCUGUCUGAACAUCAUGCCCUCUAUCUGACCUUUGGCUUUCUCUGUGGUCUGUCUUUGACCUUUGUCUCCGUCAUACAUUGUUCAAGGGGAAAAUGAUGCAGUGGAAACAGGUGCCAAAAUAACUUUGUACCACCCCACCAUCGCGUGAUUGGAAGAUGUAAAGGGCACAGUCCAAAAUGUAUCUGACUCGUUUUGCAUAUUGUGCUAAAAAACGAGCCUUGGCAGAACUAGCUGGCAGCUUGUCUGUGCACAGCUCACCUGCAUUACCAAUUCCUGCCUCACGUCCUUCACUUCAAAGAAGGUUGCAGAGAUAUAAUAGAUGAGGUGCUUAAACAAGAAACAGCUAAACUGAUCCCUGGCAGAUACCUUGACACACACCCUGUUGAUUUACUCUACAAGAAGAUGUCGGUCUCACAUAGUAAGAACAUGUAAUGGAACACACUAUGUUAAAUCUGACUUCCUUGGUAGGGCGGCAUAGGCCUGCUAGGUUGUGAGGUCCACUGUUUUGUGGAGAAGAGGACUAUUGAAGACUACUUGGCUUCAGUUACUGAAAACCACAGGAGGAGAGAGGGCUCUUGGGCUUGACUCCUACUUGCAGAUUUUCCACAGACAUCUGCUGGGACGCUGUGAGAGGAGUAUGCUGGACGCGAAAGAAAACAACGUGAGAAACUACAAAAACUUUACAUAACGUGGUCCUCCUUUAUUACAUAUGCAUCAAAGAAAGAACAUGCAUUUAAACCACCUAAGACACAUGGGAGCAUGUGGAAUGCUAUUUUUUUAAACCAGCAACUGUAGAAAUAAUUUUUUAUUUGACUAUAUUACUAAUGUAAUUACCUGAACGUAGUUUGGGCUGUUUGGGGGCGGGGUUAGGGGAAAACUGUAUUUGAUUGCUUGUAUUUGAUUAUAUGGGACGCGGGUGGCGCUGUGGGUUAAACCACAGACCCUAGACUUGCCGAUCAGAAGGUCGGCGGUUUGAAUCCCCGCGACGGGGUGAGCUCCCGUUGCUCGGUCCCUGCUCCUGCCAACCUAGUAGUUCGAAAGCACGUCAAAGUGCAAGUAGAUCAAUAGGUACCAUUCCGGCAGGAAGGUAAACGGUGUUUCUGUGCGCUGCUCUGGUUCGCCAGAAGCGGCUUAGUCAUGCUGGCCACAUGACCUGGAAAAACUGUCUGCAGAAGCGGACAAACGCCGGAUCUCUCAGCCAGUAAAGCAAGAUGAGCACUGCAACCACAGAGUCGGCCAUGACUGGACCUAAUGGUCAGGGGUCCCUUUACCUAUUUGAUUAUAUGUUGUUCUUAUAUUCAACUAAUAAAAUAUUCCAAAAGACAAAAAGAAAGAAAAAAGGAUUUCCAGCAAAAGAAAGAUAGCUUUGAGCUUGUUUUCUCCUGCUCCGGAAGGUAGGACUCAAACCGAAGGCUUCAAGUUACGAAAAAGGAGAUCUAGACUAAAGAUCAGGAAAAACUUUCUGACAGUAACAGCUGGUUGACAGUGGAACAGUCUCCCUCUGGAGAUUGUGGACUCUCCUUCCUUGGAGGUUUUUAAGCAGAGGUUGGGUGGCCAUCUGCCAUGGCUGCUUCAGCUGAGAUUCCUGUAUCAGGCUCCCUUCGAACUCUAUGAUUCUAUGAACUCUUAACCCUCUUUUUCUUUUCUUCUUCCAGGUGUCCUUUAUUCCAUGUAUCAAGAAUACUGGGCCAAGCCCAAGCCCAAGCCCUAGCAAGCCAUCAGUUGAAACCUGUGUGUGCUGGUGUUCUUAUGUACUCUCUAGCGAUAGACCUCACAUGGAAAUGGCUCUGCAGUGAUAACAAGCACAAGGGAGCGGCUCUGUAACUCUGUCCACGUCACGCACGGUGUUAACCUCUACGCUGCCAGUGUUGCUCUACAUUAAGUUGUCAGUGACUUCAAACCUGUUCUUCUCUCUGGCUUGAGUGACACCAUCAGCUGAUACUUUUUUAAAAAAAUAGCAUCCAGCCCUUUAUCGCUAUGCAUCCCUGGCACUUAGGCACUCUGCGACUUAGAGGUCCAGAAUUUCCUCUUCAGAAACUCUUCCUUUACUUUGCGAAAUAAUCAAGCGAGACAAUGUUGGUAGAGGUGUACAGGGUUUAACAGAACACAAAAUCUAACUCUCUCACUGAAUUCUUUAAACUCCCUUGGAACAAAUGUUGUGGACAAGGAACUCUUACCAUAGAUUAAAUUAUUUGCUGUCUUUUAUUUAUUACACAAUAUUAAAUUCUAAAACUCACUUAUUUUCACUGGAGGGGAUUGUAGUUUCUUGAAUUCUUUUUUAAAAAUAAUAAUACUAAUUACACACUUUGUAUUGCAUAUAUUUUAAAGAGGCUUGUUUGCACAGGGUGGGGGCCCCAUAUGGAAAACCCUUGCAGUGAAAUAACGGGGCCAAAUCAAAAACAGACCACGGUUCUCAACAUUUGAUGGAAAACGUGGAAUGCUGAAACAAGAUCUCCUGGGCAGGGGAUUCAUAGAUUUGGUUGUGCCAGCUCCCAGUAGCUAGCCAAAAUGAUGCUGUUGCCACCAACUGAUCCUCCCCUUGAGCAGGUGAGGUCUUGAUUGUCACAUCACCCCAAACCUCAGUGUUGAAGCCAGCCCCCUGUCUUCCUCGCCAGCUCAAAGCUGUAGGAGAAGACAAUGUCAAGAAUACUCACCAUGCAGAACCUUGAACUGGCUCACUCAGUGUUUCAGCAUGAAGUUGGGGAGAUUGCUUGCCCUUCAAGAAGUUGGUUUUUUUAAAAAAAUGUAUUUGUUAGCGGCCAGGUGAUGCUGAUUAUACCCCCCCAAAAAAAUUCACGAAACACUCAGUCGUCAUCCUGUUGCUUACCACUAAUAGAUGGGACUUAACAGCUGUGGCUGAAAUGGAAUUUCAGGUCUGUAAAAUUUCUGCCAGGCAGCCUGCAUUCCUUGAUUAUAUCAUCAUGUUCUGAGUGAUGUUAAAUAAUGCAGUGUAAAUCUAAUUCAGUGACUGGUUUUAUGAAAUAUAUGUACAUGAGAACAAUUGUACUCUCCCACAAGCCACAUCUGUGUAGUCUGUUAUUUUGUCUUUUGUGUUGUUCUGUGGCAUACUUGCCUGCCCUUGUGAGCGGAAGUAGAAAAGAAAAUAGGCAGAUCUGUGGGGGCCCAGAGUUAUGGAAUGCAUCCUGUUCUCUAGCUAGAACAGGAGGGUAGGUUUUGAUAAAGCAGGAGGUCUGUUUACUUUAUUAAAACAUGCGCAUCAAGGAUUCCUGAGCCGGACAGCAACAAAGCAAUGACACAAAACCUCAGCCUUGAGUUUUCCAUAAGAAAUGCAUUUCCCGUAGUUGGUGUUGGCAUAGAUUAACUAAGGUUGAUUGGUAUUAGUAUUAAUUGUAAAGCACAUACUGAAAAAGGCAGAUUAACAUCCCCCAAAUGUUUGGAACUUUGCUUACAUGAAGGGAUCAAGGGUUUGUCUCAGUCACUCCACAAGUGGGGCAAGUAAGUCCCUGCCAAACUCAUGUUUAGGGCUAUAGAUGCUAGAUCUGGGGAGAACCGAUAGGACAAAUUUUCUACUGUUAUUCCAUCCCACCUUUUCCUCCAAGGAGCUCGACAGGGAGGGAGGCCGACAUGGCCCCUUGCUGUGGGUGCCCAGUGAUGGGUUCCGUAACAUGUCACUGUCAGGAGUUCAGCCUACGCUCGAGUAGGACCCUGGCAGAGACACAUGCCCGACUGGCAUGUUCCCUACUGGUCAAUCGGGAGCUUCAUAAGCUUUCUUCAGCCCGAACAUCACAGCGGCACACGGAGCACUGCAACAUGGCUCCCUCUCUAGCAUCAAACAGCAAAGAGGAAAAACUAAGGACAACAGUCCCACUUCACGGAAACAGUAACACAAAAUCCUGUCUCCGUCACUUCCCACUCUGUGGAGUCAAAACACAUACCGUCAUGUGAAAGACAACAACCCCACGACUGCAAUCAUGGAGCAGGAAUUCUAACAACGACAACCUUGUGAGGUAGGCUAGGCAAGUUGGUUGUGUUUCAAUAUUUUAUUCCCUGUUUAUAACUACUUUUGUUAUGUUGCGGUUAGGUUUUCUCCCUGUCGUAAGCUGCCUUGAGCACGGCUUCAGCUGUGUAAAGGCAGUAUACAAAUGUAUGUAUGCAUGAAAAUGUGGGAUUAAUUGAAGUACUACGGCUGAAGCUGUUUGCAAAUACUUAUUUUUAUUUCAUAUAAUUUAUACACCAUUGACUGGGGAAAAACAACAACCUCUGUUAUCACUAUUAGCUGGUUUUAUCACCUCAAAACAGAUGUUGCUGUGUCAGUGAAAGUUAAGAAAAGAGCCACCAAAAUAAUCAAGGGAACAGAGCAACCCCCCUGGAAAGAAAGGUUGCUUUGGGACUUACUAGUUUGGAGAAAAGGCAAGUAAGAGGAAACAUGAAAUAAAUUUAUUAAAUUUUGCAUAACAUGGAGAGAAUGGGUAGAGACUCAGCCCUUAAGUUGCAAGAGAGGGAUGUAGUAGUCAGGAAUACUUGCAGGACGCAGGAGACUAGGGUUCAAAUCCCCACUCAAGUUCUAAAAUAAAGGUACGAAAAAGGGGGUUAUUUUUUUGUUAUUGAUUUUGUGUUACUGAUUUUGUGAUUUUGUGCUGUGAACUGCCCUCAGAUCCAUGAAUGAAGGGCGGUAUCCAAAUUUAAUAAAUAAUAAUAUAAAAACAACAGCAACAAUGCCCCCCCAACAUCCUAGCCUCAGUUUUCCUCCUGUGCAAAGGCUCCCCCCACCCCGCAAA